AUGUCCUCCCAGCCAGCAAGCACAACCGCGUUGCGACCGCGUCCUCUUAUGGUUCUAUGGGUCUCGGCACGACAGUCAACCGUACCCAAGGAGGAUUUACGAGACAAUUUCUGUGAAGCUGUAAAUAACUCAUCGUCUGGCAGCAAUGAUGACGUCAAAGAUGAUUCGUUCGAAUUGUUGGAAGCACUGCCGGCGAUGCAGCAUGAUAUGAUGCUGAUCGACAUCAACGACACUCGUCUUCAGCAUCUCAGCGACUAUACAGGAAUUGAGAAUUUGAGUGCUAGUUUGUUCACAUCUCCAGCUUUCCCGGUGGAUGGCGUCAUUUUUGGUCCAAAUCAUAGACUGAUAAUAUGUCUCAACUGUCGUCGGGCCAAGCAGCCUGAUGCGCCAACCAUCAAAAUCUGGUUUUUGGUGGACUCUGGAUCAAACUGUACGUUUUUAGACGAAAAAACGAUCACCAAACUUACCGGAUCCGACGCCAUUCCAUCGGCAAUUCCUGUUUCCAUUCAGGAUGAAAAUUCUGUGAUUGAAUGCAACCUAUCUCACAGUCACUUCAAAGGUGCGAACGUAUUGGGAAUGAGAGCUUUGCUGGAUCUGGAGGUGACGAUUGAAGGGAUGAAUGGCAAGAACAAGAGUUGGCACCUUGCGAAACAGUAA